GGCAAUAAUAUUAGUAAGCACAACAAAGCAAGCCAGUUGUUUGCUCCAAAAAAUGGUGAGUUGAUAAUACUUAUAUCUUUAAGUUGGAGUUCAAUACAAGGGACAACAGUUCUGCCAACUCUUAUUUCUUUGUUGUGAAAUGCGGGAAAGCCAAAUUUCCGAGCUGGCACUUGGCACUUGGCACUUGAAGUCUCAUUGUGGCUGUGUUGCCUCUAGCUGGAGUCCACACAGACAGAAGAUGGAGCUGACUUUCUCCUUGAGGCGUAAGGAGAUCGUAGAGCUGCAGCCUAUGGUGUCAGAGGCUCUGGAACGGUGGCCUGCUCUGUUUUGUGAGGCAGAGAUAAGGGAAGAGUUUUAUCGCAUCACAAACAAGAACCUAAUGGACAACUUCAGAGCAGCCCUUCAUCAGCACACUUGGAGGCUCCUGAGACUCUAUCAGGCGAGGAGGACAGCUUUUUCAUCUGAGAUGGAUCAGCUCCUUAACAGCCUGGAUCAAGAGACAUCUGACAUCACUGCACAUCGACAAACUGCAGCAUUGAAGGACCUUCCCUUGUAUCUCCGUGACAGUCAGGAGAAGCUCUUCAGGAACUGUCUUGACACUGACCCAGAAGAGGAGCAGACGAAGGGCCUCACUGUGGGUAUCCUCACUGUGUUGGGGGAGGAUAACAGCGCAGCUCCUAAAAGUGUCGUGAGUGUUGCUGUUGUUGUGGAAGAAGAGAUUGUCCUUCAAGAUCUCCCUGACCUGCCAACUGCUUUUGCUUACCUCUUUGGACUGAUCUAUGCUUUAAACCUUAAGUACCCAAAAGAUCUCAGGUACACAUUUGAAACUGUUCAGAAGGUUUUCAUGGAACUUGGUACAGACCUCUCUGCAAGGGUCAAAUCCCUCAAAAACAAACUCCUUCAGUGAAUCCAGUUAACUGGUAAUGUUGGAUCUGAAAUUGUUGACCUCUGAAAGUUCCCUUCUGUCCAGCCAACACCAUGUUAAUUUACUCUUCCUGUUACUCACACUCUACUCUGAUGUACCUCGAACUCCCACUCUUACAUUUAUUUUGCACUUUAUUGGGUUUCCCUAAACAUGUUACAUGUUAAGAUUCAGUAUUUGUAAAUUGUCACAUAGUAUUGAGCAGAGUUACAAAAAAGAAUUUGCUGAUUAUUUUGAGACCGGAAGUUUACAAGUAUACAAUGUAGCGCAAGUUGACUGCUAGGACUGGGACAAUUGGGUCUCACUAGUUUGCAUUUACUUGGCC